AAUAAAACAAACAGCGAAAAAAUAAGAGCGGCACUUUAAAAAAAUAAGCGGGUUAGGGUUCUCUCUCAAAGGGGGCAACAAAUCUCUCUCAGGUGGCUGUAUCUUCAGGUUUUGGGUUUUUGUUAACUUCUUGGUGGAUAUUCUCGGUUUUCUCUUCUCUCAGGUUUUGCGUAAGAUCAAGUUUAAUAGGCUUGGUGUUGAGGAUCUUAGGUUUGAGUAAAUUAAUAGUCCGAAAAGUCGGGUUCUUGUAAAUAUGAGAAUGAACAAAUGCUCAAGGAAGGAUUAUAUCAGCGAUCUGCCCGAGAGCAUCGUCGAUAUCAUCCUAACCAAACUGCCAAUAAGGGAUGCUGUAAGAACCAGCAUUUUGUCUACCAAGUGGAGGUAUCAAUGGGCGACCAUGACACGAGUCGUAUUUAAAAACCACGUGCCAUAUAAGAGUGACAACAAACUUGCCGAGCAAGAAAUUACAAACUUUAUCAUGCGAUUUCUAUUUCUUCAUCAGGGCCCUAUUUAUAAGUUCAAACUAUCUACUAACUGCUCCAUGAAUUCUACUGACAUGGAUCAAUGGCUACUUUUCCUAUCAAGGAAAGAUAUAAAAGAGUUAGUUCUGAUGUUAGACGCCAACUGUCUGAAGAUACCCUCACAUAUAUUUUCUUGUCAGAAACUGACCACAUUGAAGCUUCAAGCAUCGGACGUGAAACCUCCUUUAAGAUUUCGUGGAUUGCCAUGUUUGAAGUACCUUAACCUAUGUAGUGGCUUGUUUACUAUUGAGGAUAUUGAAAACCUUAUUUCAGGUUGCCCUCUUCUAGAAAAGUUUACAUUCACAAAUGUUGGGGACCCUAUGGGUUUUGCCAUCCAUGGCCCAAAUUUGAAGCAUCUUAUUUUGAAUGGGGACUUUUCAAACUUAAAUCUUGAGCAUUCUCCGUUUCUGGAUGUCUUAAGGGUUGACUUUCGUGCACAGGUUUGGGAAAGUAACGUCCUUAUGAAAGUUCCAGUUACAUAUGAUCGGCUAAAGUUUAUUGAUCUUCAAGGAAUAAAUUACGAAGAGGGGAAUGCAGUGUUGUAUGUUCUUCACUUGAUUUUGCAUUCCCCUAAUCUACAAGAACUGGAAAUUGGAGCUACACAGUUUGAAAGUUCUCAUGAUAAAGCUGUUGACUUGGAUUUUUGGGAGAAAGAAUGUCCUACCGAUUUCACAUUUAAGCAUCUUAAAUUAGUUGAGAUGUGUGGUUUGCCCAACAAAAGUUGUGUGGAAUUUCUCAAAUUUGUGCUUGGACGUUCUCCGGUGCUUGAAGUAAUGAGAGUGUCACUUGAUGAGGCUUACGAUGGAGAAAUGAAUAUGGCGAAUGAACUGCUGCAUUUUCAAUGUGCUUCUCCAAAAGUUGAUAUAAAAUUCUUUGAUUAGUCAUCUGAAGCAUACUUAUGCGUUUCCUUCCCCUUUUGUUCUUAGCUGCUUUAUUUCGUCAUGUCUCAAUUUUUUAUUUUUUUUUGUGAGAGUCAAGUACCAAAUUUAGUUGCAAAAGAAAUCUGUACAUUAGAAGAAUAAGCUUUUGCAAAUUGGGGACUCUUCAAGACUCUAAUGACAUGAUUUUUUUUUUUUUUA